UUGCGUCCACUUCAACCGGGGGAAGAUGUCGCAGAACGGCGACUUUCCGUGGACGGUGGUCGUCCUCACCUGCCAACACAAAGACAGCGUGUACGCUUUCCAGAGAGAACUGGAGUUGCGGCAGAAACGCGGCACCUUGGCUGGGGAUGCGUUGCUUUUGACCGUGAGGGACCGUCAGGAGCCGCUGGGCAGCGGAGGGGCGACGCUGAACGCCCUGCUGGUCGCUGCUGAACACCUGAGCAGCAGAGCUGGACACACGGUGGUGACCGCCGACGUCCUGGAUGAUGCUCACAUCCUCAUCCUGCACACUGGCCGGGAUUUUCCCUGGAGCUCCUGCAGCCGAGCCUUCUGUUGGCUUCCCGAUGAGAAACCUGGGCAGAAAGUCCAGGCGCCGGUUUGUGUUCUGGAUCUCCUGCUGGACCGGCUCAGCACCCAGAUCUGUCCGGGUUCUCCUCCUGGAGUCUGGGUCUGCAGCACCGACAUGAUCCUCUCUGUCCCGAAAGACUUUGUUUUAUCCUGGGACGGGUUCUCUGGAGUUCGCGUGGUGGCGGUACCGGGCGACGUCUCGUACGCAGCUGAUCAUGGAGUCUACCUGAGCGACUCGCAGGGUCGGGUCCGCGACAUCCUCUACAGAGGAACCAGGGAGGAGAUCCAACGAGCCCUGAUGCCUGAUGGGAAAGUCCCGCUGGUGUCAGGCCCAGUCUUCUUCUGCAGGUCUGUCUCAGAGAAACUGCUGCAGGCUCACGUCAGUCCUCCCCUGGACGGCUGCACCUACCUGGGCCUGGACUCUGGAGCUCCGCCCCUGCAGAUCUCCCUCUUCUUGGACGUGUUGAAGUGUCUCUGCUCAGAUUUGACCCAGGAUCAGUUUGUGAAUGAGGGGAGAGCAGGCUGCAGUCCCACAGACGGUCCCCAGGGGGCGACUGUGAGGGCGGGCAGGGCGGAGCUGUGGAGGAUCCUGAGAGGAGCCCCACUCUCACUGGUGUACGUCCCCGGCGGUCGCUAUGACUACCUGACUCUGUCCGGGAAGCAGCACGUCGACCGUCUGACCUCUGAUUGGACAGGUGGAAACACUCUGUCCCACAUUCAGAAUGAGAGCCUGCUCAGUAAAGGAGCUCGGAUCAUCAACACGGUUCUGGACGGAGACGUUGCCGUGGCGACCCGGGCGGUGGUGCAACACUGCCACCUGCAGGGUCCUCUGGACGUCCCGUCCGGUUGUUUGCUCUCAGGCGUAGACGUCUCGGCGUCAGCUUGCCUCAGGCGGCUUGCGCUCAGCAGUGACAUCAUCAUCCAGGGACACUGGAUUCAGCUGGGGGAGCUGAAGCUAAACGUCUACACGGUGACCGGCUCUCACGACGACCUGCAGGUUCCCUUUAAUGACAGCGGCGCCUCCUUCCUCAACCAGACCUGGACUGUUUUCUUCAGCUCCUCAGGAAUACAGCCGGAGGAGCUGUGGGUGAAAGGAGAACAGUGCUCCCUCCUGGAGGCUCGACUUUUCCCGGUCCUCCACCCCAGAGGGGGCACUGUGGGCCUUGAGGGAGGAGUGGGCUGGCUGCUGGGGGGUCCAGGCUGCCUGCAGACAUGGAGGGAGGCGUGGAGAGUCUCUCUGAGGGAGGUGCUGUCACUCACCCACCAGGAGGCGGAGCUCCGGUGGAGGGAGGAGUUGCUAUUCCUGGCAGGGAGGAGGAGAACCGCCAACGCCCUGCGGAGUCGCACCGACGUCUGUCUGCUGCCUUGCUUCAGGGCGGCAGUGCAGGGAGGCCAGCAGGGGGCGCUACUGGAGACUCUGGACAGCAUUGCUGCUGGAAGUGUGGAGUCGGGGGCGGAGCCAGGAGCUCAGGUGGGCGUGGCUGCCCGCUGUCUCUCAUGCAUCGCUGACGUUCUGGUGUGCAUGGCGGGCAGUGAGGGGGGCCUGAGGAGCGGUCCAGCUGCUAACAAGGCCUGGCGCUCCGCCUACUUCCUGUUGGAGGAGGGGAACUUGAGGGAAGGAGUUUAUGCUCUUGCUGCACAGCGACAGCUCUGGCUGAGCAGGCCAGACCUGCUUGUACGGGCGGCUCGACACUAUGAGGGCGCCGGCCAGGUGCUGCUCCGGCAGGCUGUGAUGUCAUCCCAGAGGUUCAUCUCCAUUGGACAGGGGGAGGCCCCGCCUAUCGGGGAGUGGCAGGAAGUAGAGUGUCCAGCCAGACUGGACCUGGCAGGGGGCUGGAGCGACACGCCACCAAUCGCCUUCGAGCACGGAGGAUCGGUGACGAACGUCGCUGUGAAGAUCGACGGGAAACGUCCAAUCGGAGCCAGAGCCCGUCGCAUUGUGAAACCCCACAUCCUAUUGGUCAGCUGCAGCGGUGGGCGGGGCAGCGGCGCGUCCACAGAGACAGUCUGUGAGAGCCUGGAUGACCUGAGGGACUACAGCCAGCCUCACGCUCCGGGAGCUCUGCUGAAGGCAGUCUGUGUGUGCAGUGGUCUGGUGUCUCUGUCCUCCCAGCAUCCUCUGGGGCAACAGCUGAUGCAGAGCUGGGGUGGAGGGUUGGAGCUGCACAGCUGGUCGGAGCUGCCGACCGGAUCCGGUCUGGGUACCAGCAGCAUCCUGGCGGGGGCGCUGUUGGCAGCGGUCUACAGGUGUACAGGCCGGACGUACGACACAGACUCCCUGAUCCACGCGGUCCUGUACCUGGAGCAGAUUCUCACCACAGGUGGCGGCUGGCAGGACCAGGUGGGCGGUCUGGUGGGCGGAGUCAAGGUGGGUCGUUCCAGAGCGUCUCUGCCCCUGCAGGUGGAGGUGGAGCGUCUGAGUCCUCCGCAGGAGUUCCUGAUGUCUCUGGAGCAGCACCUCCUGCUGGUUUACACCGGAAAGACGCGUCUGGCUCGAAACCUGCUGCAGGAUGUGGUCCGCAGCUGGUACAGCCGUCUUCCGGCGAUGGUUGAGAACGCCCAGCAGCUGGUGUCCAACUCUGAGGAAUGCGCUAAAUCCUGUUCAGAAGGUUCUCUGCCCCGGCUGGGUCGGUGUUUGGACCGCUCGUGGCAGCAGAAGAAGCUAAUGGCUCCAGGAUGCGAGCCGGCCUCCGUCAGAACCAUGAUGGAGGCUCUGAGGCCGCUGGUUCUGGGUCAGAGCCUGGCAGGAGCCGGAGGCGGCGGCUUCCUGUACCUGCUGACCAGGGAGCCCCGACAGCAGGAGGCGGUUCUGAAGACCCUCAGGAACACGCCGGGUUUGGGAGAUUUCAGCGUUCACUCAGUGGAGCUGGAUAUGGAGGGAAUCGUGAUCCGGCCGCCGUCCGUUACACAACCAGCAGAAAAAUGAAGAUUUUUCACUCAAUCUGGCGUCACUUUAAAUAAUCACUCUAAUUUUUGAUUGAGACUCUUCGCAGUCUGACAUGGAUGGUAGAUUUGUUGGACUUGAAACAAUCAUAUUGAUUGUUCUCACCUGUUGAAACUAACUGUAUUUUAUUAUAUAAUUUUAUUUUGCAUAUUUUAGAGGUGUGUUUGCUCCAAAUCAUUGAAUAAAUCACAGUUUUCACUUUUUGUAUAUCUACUUUGGUACCUUUAAAAGUAAUGCAUAAAGUUUGGGUUGUUUUCUCAUAUUAUUCUUUGUUUUCUCAGGA